AUGGUUUAUGAACUAAGGCCAGCUGUUCAGCUGCCGGCUGAGUUGCAUCCUAAACCACAGGUAACGCGUUCUUCGAGGGGAGAGGUCCACACAGCCCCGAUCACCUGCUCUCCAGCGCGGCCCGCAGAGCGCCCACAGGGAGAGAAACAUCUCGGGACAGGCAGAGCAGCGGCUCCGAGCCCGCUCCCCAUUCCCCAGCGGCUCCGGGGAAGCGCCCGGCUCCGAGCCCGCUCCCCGCUCCCCCAGGGGCUCCGGGGAAGCGCCCGGCUCCGAGCCCGCUCCCCAUUCCCACAGUCGCUCCGGGGAAGCGCCCGGCUCCGAGCCCGCUCCCCAUUCCCACAGUCGCUCCGGGGAAGCGCCCGGCUCCGAGCCCGCUCCCCAUUCCCACAGUCGCUCCGGGGAAGCGCCCGGCUCCGAGCCCGCUCCCCAUUCCCACAGUCGCUCCGGGGAAGCGCCCGGCUCCGAGCCCGCUCCCCAUUCCCACAGUCGCUCCGGGGAAGCGCCCGGCUCCGAGCCCGCUCCCCAUUCCCACAGUCGCUCCGGGGAAGCGCCCGGCUCCGAGCCCGCUCCCCAUUCCCACAGUCGCUCCGGGGAAGCGCCCGGCUCCGAGCCCGCUCCCCAUUCCCACAGUCGCUCCGGGGAAGCGCCCGGCUCCGAGCCCGCUCCCCAUUCCCACAGUCGCUCCGGGGAAGCGCCCGGCUCCGAGCCCGCUCCCCAUUCCCACAGUCGCUCCGGGGAAGCGCCCGGCUCCGAGCCCGCUCCCCAUUCCCACAGUCGCUCCGGGGAAGCGCCCGGCUCCGAGCCCGCUCCCCAUUCCCACAGUCGCUCCGGGGAAGCGCCCGGCUCCGAGCCCGCUCCCCAUUCCCACAGUCGCUCCGGGGAAGCGCCCGGCUCCGAGCCCGCUCCCCAUUCCCACAGUCGCUCCGGGGAAGCGCCCGGCUCCGAGCCCGCUCCCCAUUCCCACAGUCGCUCCGGGGAAGCGCCCGGCUCCGAGCCCGCUCCCCAUUCCCACAGUCGCUCCGGGGAAGCGCCCGGCUCCGAGCCCGCUCCCCAUUCCCACAGUCGCUCCGGGGAAGCGCCCGGCUCCGAGCCCGCUCCCCAUUCCCACAGUCGCUCCGGGGAAUCGCUCCGGGGAAGCGCCCGGCGGCGCUGCUGGUGCUGCUGGGCGCCGCGGGGCCGCUGCUGCGGGCGGCGGAGCCCGCGGAGCCGGUCAGCGCCGAGCGGAGCCUGGCCUGGGGCCCCGGGCUGCAGGCGGGGCUCACCGUGCCCGUGCGGUACUUCUACAUCCAGGCGGUCAGCGCGGCCGGACGCAACUUCUCCCGCUCCCCGCCAGGGAAAACGCAGUUUAAAGUGGUAAUUAAAGCACUUUCUCCAAAGGAAGUCACCAGGAUUUACACCCCUCGGCCUUUGGAUAGAAACGAUGGUACAUUCCUUAUGCGGUAUAGAAUGUAUGGAAGUGUCACAAAAGGCUUAAAAAUUGAGAUACUUUAUGGUGAUCAGCAUGUGGCUCAGUCACCUUAUAUUUUGAAAGAACCAGUUUAUCAUGAAUACUGUGACUGUCCUGAAGAAGACCCUGAGGUCUGGCAGGACAUGAUGUCCUGUCCAUCCCAGGAACCUCAGAUUACAGAAGACUUCAUUUCAUUUCCCACCAUUGACCUGCAGCGAAUGCUUAAGGAAAUCCCAGCCAAGUUCAGCCAAACAAGGGGUGCUCUUGUUCAUUACACUAUCCUGGAUAAUCACAUCUACCGGCGCUCCCUGGGGAAGUACACAGACUUCAAAAUGUUCUCUGAUGAAAUGUUCCUGUCACUGGCCAGGAAGGUUCGCCUUCCUGACGUGGAGUUUUACCUCAAUGUUGGAGACUGGCCAGUUGAGCAUCGGAAAGCUAAUGAUACACCUGGUCCUGUACCUGUCAUCUCCUGGUGUGGCUCUGUGGAUUCCAGAGAUAUCGUCCUGCCUACGUAUGAUGUAACCCACUCCACUCUGGAAACCCUGCGUGGAGUCACCAAUGAUCUCCUUUCCAUUCAGGGAAAUACAGGCCCCUUCUGGGAAAACAAAACUGAGCGGGCUUUAUUCAGAGGUCGGGACAGCCGAGAAGAGCGUCUCCAUCUUGUCAAGUUAUCCAAGGAAAAUCCAGAACUACUAGAUGCUGGAAUAACUGGAUAUUUCUUCUUUAGAGAAAAAGAAAAAGAGCUGGGGAAGGCUCAGCUGAUGGGCUUCUUUGACUUCUUUAAGUACAAAUACCAAGUGAAUGUAGAUGGCACCGUAGCAGCUUACAGGUUUCCAUACCUCUUGCUGGGUGACAGCCUGGUAUUGAAGCAAGAUUCCCAGUACUAUGAGCACUUUUAUAUUGGAUUGAAACCUUGGAAACAUUAUGUUCCAGUUAAGAGAAACUUAGAGGACUUGCUAGAGAAAAUAAAAUGGGCUAAGGAAAAUGAUGAGGAAGCACGAAAAAUUGCUAAAGAAGGACAACUAAUGGCAAGAGAAUUACUUCAGCCUCACAGGUUUUACUGCUACUAUUAUAAAGUGCUCCAGAAAUAUGCCGAGCGCCAAGCCAGCAAACCUGAAAUACGGGAUGGAAUGGAACUUGUACCUCAGCCUGAUGACAGGGACUCAGUGUGCAGUUGCCACAGGAAAAAGCCUUUAAGGGAAGAUCUAUAACUGUACUGGAUGGAGAAAAUUACCCACUUAAAAUGCAAGAACAGGAAUUAAGCUGUGAAAUCCAAGAUUCUUAUGCAGUAGCAGACCUGCUUAGUUAUGUAUUAUUCUUGUAUUUUCAUACACAUUUUUCACGCUCAUUCUGAUCUACAGUGUUGGUUCUCACAGUUUUGACUCCAUGACCACCAGACAGCCACGGAGGCUGCAGUGGGGAGUGUCUGGGGGAUUUGUUUGAUGUACUGCAUCAUCAGGAAGAAGAGCAAAGAGCUGCUCGUGUUCCAGAUGGGAUCUAUUUACCGAAGUUUUAUGAGGAACUAGUCACCACAAAAAGAUCUUGCCAUGAGUCAGUUCAAGUUAUUCUAAAGAAGCAUUUGUGAUGCAUUGAAACAGUGUUAUGAUUCCUUCAUAAAGUUUACCUCAGUGUUAGAUUGUUUCUUGUAUACAAAACAAUUUGCAAACUAGAAGAAGAAAAUGAAUAUUUUAGAUUUACAGAUAUCAGAUCUGAUCAUGCUUUCAGGUUGUUUGGUGGUCAGUCUAUGACGGGUAACAUGAUGCAACGUUCAUCAAUUUUAGAGGAAAAUGGAGAGGAGGGGGAGAGAUUAGAAAAAUAUGUUUAUAAGCAUCAUGGCUGUGAAUCACCAGAAUUAAGUGCUGCUUUAAAGCAUACUCUGUAGCUAUCACAAUCACAGUGCUUUGGGUGCCAAGUCACCACCCUGAAGACCUGUUCCCUUCCAGUGACUGUGAAUGUAGGCACAGAUCCACAAAAGCACUUGGGAAUUUCAGGCCAUGGGAAGCACCCGUGUCUUAGUUCAACAGUACUGUCUACAGUAUUUUAGACUACGUGACAUCUGAAAGUUUUUAGCAGAGUUUUAGACCACCUAGGUUUAACUUUACUGUAAUAGUCUAGAGGUUAGAGUCCUUGUAAAGCAGUUGGGAAGUGGGUUGUCCUCCUUGGUUUAAUUCAAAGCCUUUUUUUUCCAGAGGGUGCCUUAGGUUCAGACUGGACAAGAGGUUUUUAGGUCUUCUGCUGAAGUUCAUGUGCAGCUGUGAAGCUUUCAAUGCAAAAUUCACAAGGGCAGAAGGAUCUGAUCAUACCUUUGUGAUAAAGUCUGCCUUUGGAUGGGGCAGAAGAAGAAUCCUAGUCCUAGAUUAAGCUCCAAAUACCUCCAUUGAUUUUUGCCGAAGUUUGUCUACUUCAAAAUGCGUAAAUAGGAGACACCAAUACCAAGGCCAGUGCCCACAAGCACCCAUUUCUGUGUUUUCAUCUUGGCUAAUGCAGCCUGCCUGAGCAGCUCCUGACUCACUAUAGUCAGAUAAAAGCUUUAAUGGAUACCAAACUCUCCCUACACUAAAAAGAAUGGAGAUGUGUUCAAGACAGUGAACUUGUCUGAUUGAUCUGGUUCAGAAAAUUUAGUGUUCUACACGUCAUGCAGGGUUUGUUCUUGGUUCUACACUGCAAAUUACAUACAAUUUCUGCAUUAGAACAGGAAGAAAGGCAGUAUGCUAAAUAUGGAAAUAACUUCAGCUUUCUAAAGAGGUCAAUGCAACUUUCCAUCAGUCGUUUAUUACAUUAUGCCAGUUAAGAAAAAACCUGUAUCACGCUGCUCUAGCCAUAAUCCUCUUUGUUCUGGUUCUAACACUCAUAUUCACAGUGGUUGUAUUUUUAUUUAGCAUGAAAUCCAGUCCUAGAACUUCAGGCUAUAAAUAUACGUUCAACUCAUCUGGCAUAAAAUUUUCUACAUCAAAGUUCAGGAGCAGGGUUCCAUUGCUGAAGCUGACACUUAAAGCAGAGUAUGUGCUCCCCUUUUGUUCUAUGUGCACAGUCAUUUUUACUGUAUUACCUGGUCUUAUUUUGGGAAGUCACCCAUUAUGCCAUGUGCUUUUUAUAUUCACCAGUGUUUAUGGAGGUGGUGUGCUCAGUAUGCAUUUGAACUACAAAGUUUUCCACACACUUCAAGAGUCCAAAAGUGAUUCAUUUAUGUUUUUUAAAAUGGGAGAGAAUAGAGAGAGUCAUGACACAUACUUCAUGGUUCUUUGGAAAUACCAAUGUAGGAAAACUUGCCUAGCUUGAAACAGAAGUCUUUCAAACUGAAAGAAGAAUCAGAUAAAAUUUAAAUUAUGAAUAUAAAUAAACGUGAAUAUUUCAUCCCUCUUUUCUUCCCUCAUAAAAAGGCAAAGAAACUAUUCUUAAUUCUUUUCUGCCAAAAAAAGUCCUUGUCUUUGUAAUAAGCAUCACUUCAAAGCAAAGACUAGUUUGUCAACAGAGUGCCUUUCAGAUGCUCUUAUAGCUUACAGGCAAGAAAUACCCUGAAAAUACUACUGCAUUCAUCUUCUUGCUGUAAUUUAAAAAGGAGUAGAGAGAUAGUGGAACUUUUACUACAAGUCCAUAGUAAUUUGAGAAAAUCUUGUUCAGUUUAUAACUAUAGCUUUUUCAAAGGUAAAAUAAGAUAAGGCAUAGUCUCUCUCCUUUCCAUUGGUUCUACUAUACGCAAUUUAAAUUGGAAUGAAGAACAAUGGUAACAAUUGCCCCACGAGGCCAGAAAAGAUGUCAGAUCUAUUUGAGUUUGAUGAGAGGAUGAUACCCAUCAGCCUGCUGUGUUACAGGAAAUGCUAAACAUUGAGUAAAACCUGGUUUUGCAAGUAAAGUGUAAUACAUGCAUUAAACAGAAUUUGUAAGUGGCAUACAUAGACUGGACUUUGUAUUAUUCUGUGGUAGUUCUUCAGCAGUGACUGUUCAAAGGUGUAAAAAGCUCUUGUUGGUGGUAGUUUUGGAAAACUGUUACUGUACCACAGUACUAAAUUUUGCUAUAAUCAUUUCAGUUUUUAAGUAGAGAGUAAAACCUGUCCUGUUUUCGUCAGGGAUUUACCAGUGAUGACAGAGACAGGUUUAUUUGUUUGAAAUAGUAUGUUCUAAAGCCCGAGGCCAAUGUUUUCAAACACAGGAAUCUGCAGAGAAGGGGUUUGACUUCCAGAAAUGUUGGGAAGGCAGUGUCAUUACCUAAGGUUCUUUAUUUUCAGAUUUCUUCAACCUUAACAGUAACUUCAUAUAAUGAACAUUGCUUUUAUGUUACUCUGUAUGGUUGUCGUAAUAUAUUUAGGCACCCACAUUUGGAAAUACCCAACCUCAAUUUCAUCUUGAAAUGAGAGCUGAUUUGUUGAACAUAAAGGAGAUACAAUUUCACAUAUUUUUAGACUCUAUUUUUUUACAUUUACCUGAAGAUCACCAAUAUACUUGUUUCGUGACAGAAUUGUGCCAGGC